UUUAGAAAAUAUUGAAAUGAAUAACAGUCACCAAUAUAAAUCACAUAAGGCAGAACAUAAGCACAGAGGAAAUGGCAGGUAUUUUUCCCAAAAAGGAUUCCAGGAUAGAGAAGGUGAACUAUCUGGAGAAAGUUGUGAAGCAGACACAGGUGGUUCUCGUGGCACCACAGCAGUAGAGCGGUAUGGUUUGCAUCAUGGGGCAGACCAGGAUAGAAGAUCAGCAGGCAGAAAGAUGAAUAAAUUUUGGAGUAGGGAGACACACAGGGUGCCCUCUUUUGAUGCUGCUGAAUCAAGUAAUCAUUCCAGUAAAGAUCGCCACCCACCUGGACUAAAAGGGAAAGAAAUAGGAUUAUGGUAUGCACAGAGGAAUAAACGCAAAGUGGACAAGGAAGAAAAAAAUACUUCAACUGUUUCCUUUGAUAAAGAGAGGGAGAUGCGUAUACGUCAACUUUUAAACAGACUUCAGAAUUCAGACACAAAUAGCUCUCCUUGUGACAACAGUCCAACACUCAACCAGAAUUCAGCCAGUUGCAGUAAAGAGAACUUUAAAUCAACAUAUAGUCACACCUCUUCAGACAACUAUAUUCCAUUAUCUUCUAAAUCUGAGGGAGUAUUACAUUCAUCUGUAAGAGACAAAGAAAAACAACUCCAAAAAGAUUUUAAUGUUUACAUACCUCCAUCAACAUCUGCCUCAACAACAUAUUUCUAUCCAGCGGAUUGUGAUGAAAGUGAAGGAAAGAUGGAAAAAGAUGAACCACCAGACUGUUGGGAAGAUGACUCUGAUUUGGAGCUGGUUGGAGUUGAUCUGAAAUCUGGUGAUAAUAAAAUUGUCACUAUUGAUGAUGAUGAUGAUGACGCCAUUGAAGAUGAAAUUAUCAUAGAAGAUGCUGAAGCAGUGGUGGAAGAGGAUGUUGCUGUAAUAGAAGACACAGAGGCUGUGAAUGAAGUUAUCAUAAUUGACGAUGAUGACGUUGUUAUGGUAGAUGAUGAUGAAGAGAACCAGCUUGUGAGUGUGACUGGUGUUGUAGAGUACAUGAGAGCACAUGGAGACUACCCUUAUAUCAGUGAGGAGCCUGAAGCAGAUUUUCUGGUGGCAGUUCCAGAAUCUACAAAUCCUAAGCUGGAUUUGGAAUUAAAGCAAGCUUUAGAGAAACGUAGUCAAGAUGAGAAAUACACUGAGAUGAUUGAGUUCAGGAAAAAGCUACCAGCCUAUAAUAUGAGAGAGACUAUUGUGAAUGCUGUGAAUAGUAAUCAGGUCCUUGUUAUAAGUGGAGAAACUGGUUGUGGAAAAACAACUCAGGUUCCACAGUUUAUUCUUGAUGACUUCAUCAGCAGAGGGAUGGGAUCUCAAUGCAGGAUCAUAUGUACGCAGCCUCGGAGAAUCAGCGCCAUCUCUGUAGCAGAGAGGGUUGCAGCAGAAAGAUGUGAGAAGGUUGGAAAGUCUAGUCAGUCAAGUGUAGGCUAUCAGAUCAGGCUUGAAGCAAAAUGUCCAAGAUCUCAAGGUUCAAUUUUGUUCUGUACAACUGGAAUAGUUCUCAAGUUUCUAGAAGGCGAUGGGAGAUUGAACAGAGCAACCCAUGUUGUGAUAGAUGAGAUACAUGAGCGAGAUUUGCAGUCAGAUUUUCUCAUGAUAAUACUCAAGGACCUGCUACCUUUACGGCCAGAUCUGAAAGUCAUUCUGAUGAGUGCCACACUCAAUGCUGAAAUGUUCUCUCAGUAUUUUAAUAACUGUAAUAUGUUGAACAUACCAGGGUUCACUUUCCCUGUGAAGGAAUAUCUGCUGGAAGAUACUAUAGAAUUGUCCAGAUAUGUCCUAGACACUCAGAAGAAAACUUGCAGAAAGAAAUCAUGGCCUAGAAAAUCUUCAGAGCAGAAGGAAGAAGAGACUAACUAUGCUGUGUGGUGUAGAAAUCUUCAAGGAAGCUACAACCCACAGACCAUUAAUGUCUUGCAAAAUUUUGACUUCACAAAAGUAGAUAUUGAACUAAUUGACCAUCUCAUAAAUUAUAUCUGCUCAUACAUGGAGGAUGGGGCCAUUCUUGUAUUUGUACCAGGCUGGGAGGACAUCAAGAAACUUCAUGAACUUAUACAAAAAAAGCCCAGGUGUAAAACAUCAUCCUUUAGAGUUAUCCCUCUUCACUCACUUAUGCCAACUGUCAACCAGCGUGAAGUGUUUGAGAGGCCGCCACCUGGUGUACGCAAGAUUGUCAUAGCAACCAAUAUAGCAGAGACCAGCAUCACUAUAGACGAUGUUGUCUUUGUUAUUGACUGUGGUAAAAUCAAAGUGAAAGACUUCAAGCCUGAGAUGAACCUGACUUCUCUUGAGCCCAAGUGGGUGUCCAGGGCCAAUGCAAAACAGCGGAAGGGAAGAGCUGGGAGGGUGCAGGCUGGCCACUGCUUUCAUUUGUUCACACAGUUUCAUUUCAAUUUGCUGCAAGAUUACCUCCCUGCUGAGAUGUUGAGGACUAGGCUAGAAGAGUUGUGUUUACAAAUAAAGCUGCUAAAACUGGGUAAAAUUGUGCCAUUCAUCAGCAAGGCCAUGCAGCAUCCGUCCAUGGAGUCCAUAGAGCAUGCAGUGGAGACUCUCAUCCAGCUGAAUGCAUUAGAUGCAGCUGAAAACCUGCUACCCCUGGGCUACCACCUGGCCAGGAUGCCAGUAGAGCCCCACACAGGCAAGAUGAUCCUGUUUGGUGCCAUGUUCUGUUGUCUGGACCCCAUCUUAACUGUUGCAGCCAGUCUCAGCUUUAAAGAUGCCUUUACUAUACCUCUGGGGAAAGAGCAUAUAGCUGACCAAAUCAGGGUUAAGUUGGCAGCAGAGAGCAAAAGUGACCAUAUCAUGCUUAUAAAUGCUUUCAAAGGUUGGGAGGAGAGUUUGACCCAUGGAAACAACAGAAACUACUGCUGGGAGAAUUUCUUGUCAGAAAACACUUUAAAGAUGUUAAGAGACAUGAAAAAACAACUUGCUGAACUCCUGUAUGACAUUGGCUUUGUAGGGUCUAAGGACCCUAAACAUCCUCAAGCUAAUGUAAAUAGUGGUAACCUUGGUUUGAUCCGUGCUGUGCUGUGUGCUGGCCUGUACCCAAAUGUCGCACAAGUCUGCAAAGUGCCUGGUCAGAAAUCUGGAAAAUUCAUGAGCGUUGGAAUGAAAAUCAAAGAUGGCAGCAAGGUGCAAGCCCAUCCCAAGUCUGUAAACAUGAAGCAGAGUUUUUUUGAGAGCAAGUGGAUGGUUUUCUACCACAAGCUCAAGACCACCAAGAUAUAUAUCCAUGAUAGCACAAUGGUGUCACCAUACCCUCUUCUUUUCUUCGGUGGAGAAAUUAAAAUAACCAAGGAAAAUGGUAUUGAGCUAAUAUCAGUGGACGACUGGGUCAAGUUCAAGGCCUCAAGUUCUACAGCACACAUGGUUAAAGACUUAAGACAACAGCUGGACAAACUGUUGACCAAAAAAAUCACCACCCCUGGUCCCACCUGCUGGAAAAUGUCCGACCCAGAGGGCGCUCUGAUGUCGGCCAUUGCUGACCUAAUUACAAUGGAGGACAGGGGCUACACUAUCCGAGGUCAGAGUAUGGGAGGCAGCAUAGGAAAACAUCCUGGAAAAUGAUCCACUACCUUGAAAUAAUGGUGCCAGCUGAGAUCCCAGUUCCACAAUGCUCAGGGUUACCUGAUAAUCCUGUCAAAAAAGGACCUGACUUUUGUUGGGUUAAUGAACAACCUGAGCUAAAUGGUUUCAACAAACCAACUUGUGCAAUGUUGUCAGCCUAGAAUCACUUCUUGUAAAUGUAGCAUUGAAUGAUCUGGUUUAAAACUAUUUAUUAAAAUUAAGUAGGUGUGUGUGUGUUUCUUGUUACCUGUUAUUUUUUUACAAGCAAAGUUUCACCUUGAAAGUUGAAAGGUGUGUGUUUCUAUAAUUGUUGAAUAUUUUACAUGAUGGUGUACCACCACAUAAGUGUUAAUAAAUUAAGAACAUGUUAA